GUCGCUAUAUGAAAUAUUUUUAUUUAUUUUUUAUUUUUUAAAAAGAAUCUCCAUUGUAUUUGUAAGGCUGUCCAAAAUAAGAGCUACUGCCAUUGCUCUUUAACAUUCAAAUUUUACAAAAGAUGCAACGGUCACUAAAUUCAUCACGUGAUAUUCACGUGACGUCCCCAACUUCCGAGUGUUCCCUGUUCUCCGUGAAAAAAUUCGUUCCCAAAUCGCAAGAUUUUCUGCAGCAACGAUGGAGAGACCAGCAGAAGUAGUAGAAGAAGAAAUCACCGAGGAACAAAGAAAACGGGCCGAAGCGAACCGGGCCGCUGCCAUAGCCAAGCGGAAGGCACUCCUCUCAGUCACCGAAGAGGCUUCUAAACAGAACAACAACAACCAAUGGAAACUUUUUAAAUGCUCCAAGAUUCUUCAAGCGCCCAAUCCCCGCCAUGGCCCGGGCUCCAAACAGCUCUCGGCCAAGGAUUCAGCUUUUCCCCUCCCAAUCAUCGAGAAGUUCCGGGCCCGUCUCGAAAUAUGCUCGCCGGAUUCGUUUUCGGUUACUCCAGUUGCUGUUAAGGGGUGUGUGUAUCCUGGGGAUGAUGUUUGCUUCGAGAGGCUCAGAGAUUGUCUUUCCAAUGUUAUUCUAUCACACUACACUCAGAAUAGGGGUGGGUCGAAGGCCUGUGUUUACAAGCUUUACGAUUACCAUUCAGUCUUGAGGUCCUUAAAGAGUUGUAAGGGGAUUGAAUGUGAAGAGAUACCUUGGGCAACCUUUAAUGUGGUUGAGCGGCUUUCGCCUUCAUUCAUUUCUGGGAAAUGGAUGCCUUGCAGACCUGAACAUCUACCUGAUGAGAAAGUAGAUGAAUUGAUUUCCGAGCUCCCAGAAACUUUAAUCAAUUCUCUCCUACCUUUUCAACUUGAUGGUGUUCGUUUUGGAUUGAGGAGAGGUGGUUGGUGUCUCAUUGCAGAUGAAAUGGGGUUAGGGAAGACCCUCCAGGCCAUUGCACUUGCAGGCUGUUUCAGGAAGGAAGGUUCCAUUCUUGUAGUUUGUCCUGCUAUUUUGAGAUAUUCAUGGGCUGAAGAAUUGGAACGUUGGUUUCCUUUCUGCUUACCUUCCGAUAUUCAUCUUGUUUUUGGUCAUCAAGACAAUCCUGCUAGAUUACCUGCUUGUCCAAAAGUUGUAGUGAUAUCCUACACUAUGCUUCGGCGUCUGCAAAACAGCAUGCUGGCCCAAGAAUGGGCCACAAUGAUAGUUGAUGAAUCACAUCAUUUACAUUGUAGCAAGAAAUCAUCAGAAAAAGAUGAGCUGAAAGUUUUGCUAGACAUGGCUAGAAAGGUCAAGCAUCUUAUUCUACUGUCAGGAACUCCCUCUUUGUCAAGGCCUUACGACAUUUUUCAUCAGAUAAAUAUGUUAUGGCCAGGACUUCUUGGCCCGACCAAGUAUGAGUUUGCAAAAACUUACUGUGCUGUUAACUUCGUCCCGGGCUGUCAAGGAAAAAUUUAUCAGGAUUUUUCAAAGGGAAUACGUCUGGAGGAAUUAAAUAUAUUAUUAAAAGAAAGUGUUAUGAUAAGACGCCUGAAGGAGCAUGUUUUGUUGCAGCUACCACCCAAACGCCGACAAAUCAUAAAAUUAGUUUUGAAGAAAUCAGAUAUUAAUUUAGCUAUGGAAACUCUGGGGCUUGGAAAUGUUGGCUCUUCAUGUUCGGAUACUGAAAAUGCAUAUGCUGACAUUUCUAAUGAGAAUCAAGGCAGUGUAGACAAGGAGGACAUGAACAAAAAAUUGGGAAGAAAGCUUUCAGCACUUGGUAUUGCCAAACUACCUGGAUUCUUUCAGUGGCUCUCUAUUCAUCCUAUAAUGGUAGAGACAGAUGGUGAAGAAUCAACACAGAAGAGUUCCAAUUCUCAUAAAAUGAUAAUAUUUGCUUAUCAUCACAAAGUGCUUGAUGGGGUGCAGGCAUUUCUAUGCGAAGGAGGUUUACAGUUUGUUCGGAUUGAUUGCACCGUAACUGGUCACGAAAGGCAGUCAGCUAUACAUUCAUUCCAAUCAUCAAAAGAGGUUAAAAUUGCUCUAAUUGGCAUACGUGCGGGAAGUUCUGGACUUAACCUAACUUCUGCUGAUAAUGUUGUGUUCUUGGAGAUGCCUGCUAAUCCUGGUGAUAUUCAACAGGCUGAAGACAGGGCUCAUAGGCACGGACAGAGAAGACCAGUGAAUGUAUACAUUUUCUGUGCAAAGGAUACUGCAGAUGAGUUACAAUGGCAGAAGCUGAAUAAGAGUUUGCUUAGAGUAUCUUCUACGAUGAAUGGAAAAUAUAAUGCUUUGCAAGAAAUUGAGGUGGAGCGUGUUUCUUAUCUUGAAAGCACAGAGAAAACAAGUUAUGAAAGCCAGCAAUUGAAAGAAUCCAGGAAUUCUUGCCUAGAUGAUGAUCAUGGUCUUCAGCUUCCAAGGGUGCCUUGUGAUGAUGCUGCACCGUUAGAUAUUCAUGAUGGCUAUUAUGAGCAGCAAGAAAGUUCGAAGGACUUAAAUGGAGAUAAUUGUGUCCAAAAAGUUGAGUUUGAAGUGAAGAAGAACUCUGUUCAAUCAGCUACUCUCCGGUUUGAGGUGAGCAAGCUCACUGGAAGGAUUCACUUGUACACUUGCAAUGCAGGAACAGCCUCAAGGCCAAGUCCACUUUAUAAAAACUUUCGACCGGAGGAAGUUGAGUGCCUUAAUGAGGAAAAUCAGAAGACAAAUCCCAAAUCAGUUGAAGAUGUUCAGCCAUAUAUGGAAUCACUUGUAGCUUUUAUUAAUGAAUGGAAGGAGCUAAGGCCUAUUGAGAAGAGGAAAUUGAUCAACAAACCUCUACAACUUCCACUGUCUUGCGAAUUAUGCUAUUUGGAUGAAGGUGUUAACCAUGAUAAGGGGGGACUGUUAAAGGGUGGGAGUAGAAAACGUAAGACGUCCAUUACUGAGAUAAGCUGCCCAUUACCAUCAAAUGCUACAUGGAGACAGGUCAAUCUCUGUGGCAAUCAUCGCCCUAAGGAUAGACUUUACUCUCAAGGUUGGUCUGACAUGGAUGAACCCCUCUGCAAGUUUUGCCAGACACCUUGCACAGGAAACAACGCGAAAUUGCCUCAGUUCUUUGAGGAUUUAUUCUGUACUUUGGAUUGCCAUGAAGAAUACCGUCUGCGAACUAGCAAUAGUUUUACUCGUAAGGUGCUUUUCCAGACGGAACAUGGCAUUUGCACAAAUUGCAAAUUGAAUUGUCAUCGACUUGUGAAGCACUUGCAAGUUCUACCACUCGAUAAGCGCCAUGCCUAUGUUGUCAAAGUGGCUCCUAAAAUAGCGAAACGCAGUAAACUGCGUAAUAAGCUCAUUCAUGACCCUAAAGAAGGUAAUGCUUGGCAUGCCGACCACAUCGUACCCGUGUAUAAAGGUGGAGGUGAAUGCCUGCUAGACAACAUGAGGACUCUUUGUGUGGCUUGUCAUGCUGACGUUACCUCCGCACAAUGCUCUGAGCGGCGCAGAGCUCGGAAAAAGGCGAAGCAACAGCUCAAGGAGACAAUGAAUACCUUGGUCGCCAAUGCCGGAAAAACUGGAAAGACUGGCGAUGCACAACAUGGUUGUGGUAGCGACGAACUGGAUUGCGACCUACUGAUUGAGAUUCCGGGGAGUGCAUAUUCUGGAACAAAUAUCAGCCAAACCAAGGAUCAAAAUCAAGAGCAGGAACUGCUUGCCAAGACUUCUAAAGAAUCUGUCUGCGAGACAUCAAAUGGCAGUUGUAAGGAAUGAAGCUUUUUUGCAUUUUUGUCGUGCUGUACAAUCAACAUAUGAUGCUGAUCUGAUAGCAGCGAAAAUUUUGAAGUCGAGAGAGGGGUUGAAGAGCAGAGGAAAAAAAAAUCAGCACUUCUGCUUGGACUCGUUUGUUGUGAUCGAUUCGAUUCGAUGCUGCAGAUUCUGCAUUUGUUCAUUAGUUGAAGAAGAAUAGAGAAAGCUCUCUUGGCUUUCUGUAGAGUAUAUAGCCCUUGAAAAGUUGGGGAAAUCUCAUUCUUCUGGUGUAUGUAGUUGUAGUUGUAGUGCAACUUCUGCCUUGAAGAAAAAUGGUAUGUCUUUUUGUCCCGUAACAGAAGGACUAGAGGUCUAGUGGUGUGAGUGUACUCGAGACUAUGAAGUCAUGGUUCAGAGGCCUAGUGGUGUGAGUGUACUCGAGAGUAUGAAGUUAUGGUUGCCCUUAAGGUCAACGGCGGAUUGUCAUGUUAUAAAAAAAAAAUAAAAAAUAAUAGUA